CAUACCUUUUCCCCGAUAAAUAGAAAAAGAUGGAAAGAGGCCUACCACCAGGCGUACUUGACUCGUUCCUUACACUUGAUCGCCUGCAGGGUUACUAUUUUGGUCUUUCUUUCCUUGUAUUUUUCACCAUUCUUCCGCAGCUUUUAGACAUUAAAAUAAUUCAUAUAAAAAUGUCACAAUUGGAGCUAGAUCCUCAAUUUACACAGGGUUUGCACCUUCUACAUUCUACUAAUAAAGAUUCUGCGGAACAGCUGCGAGCACUUUUAGAUGAAGCAAUCAAACAAAAAUAUGGGCCAUCAAAGAUGUUAUCGAAUGUAUUACACAAAAAGUAUAUGAUGGAGGAACCGGUGCUGAGUGAUCAUAGUAGCAGCAGUAGUAGUAAAAAAAGCAAAAGCUCCUCUUCUUCUUCCUCCAAACAUUCAAGUAAAUCAAGCAAAAACAGCUCUCCUGUGAAUUUACCAACUCGUGACACACCACCUGAUAUUAUCCAGACUGAUAAUACUCUGGCAUUAGAAAUAUUAGAGGAUGAUCUGACAUGUGUUAUUUGCAAAGGAAUGGAUGUUGGAGCAAGAAACAGACUUGUUGAGUGUUCAGAGUGCCAUUCCUUGUACCAUCAGGAGUGUCAUAUUCCACAUAUUUUAGAUUCUCAAAUAGAUGUUCCAGGACUGGUGUGGUAUUGUUCAAACUGUUCCAAAUCUCAGGUUUCAAAAGAAAGGAGCUCACCAAAAACAGUGAUAGAAAAUAAAUCUAAAGAACAAAAAAAAUCUAACUCAGGUGGUGGAAACAAAGUAACACCAAAUAUUCAUAUUAUAAGUGCAGAUAGAAGAUUAAAGGAUAUGAUGAAAAAAGCUAAGCAAGAUAAACGAAGCACAAAUACUACUCAGAGUUCGAAGAAUUCUCGGUCCAGUUCACCAGCAAUGUCUUCAACGAAAUCUCAGGAAAAAUCAUUACUGUACAAAAUCAAGUCAGGUGUAGAAUGAAACUCUCGCUCAUACGAAUAUUGUGAUAAUAUUGUAUAAUAUAAAAAAGACCCAAACAAAUUUUAUAAUUCCAACAUUACAAGUUGAUUAAUUAAUUAAAAGAUAGUCAUGAUCGAUACGUUAAUAUGUAUAUUCUGAUAGCAAAAUUAAUAUGUUUUGCCAAAGAUAGUAUAAAUAAUCUUUAAGUAGAUAAUAUUAAUUUUAUAUACCGCAGCAAUUCCCAAUUUUAUGCUGAGAAAACUAAGGCUUUUACUUUUUAUAUUAUUAUGUACUUUCGUUAUAUGAUUUUCUUUGUUUUUAAUAUAAUUCAUUACGAGAUAUAAAGAAUAGCAGCGCGAUGUAAUUUGAUAUUGUAACGUUUAACUAUAAAAAUAUAAUUUUUUGUACAAAUGUACAUUAAUUUAAAUAUACAAACAUAAAUGUGUAAUUGAAUUUCUGUAAAACUUUAAAAACCUCAAAUAAAAAAUGAAAGAAGCGAUUGCGGGUACUCCGAAAUAAGCUUUA